AUGCCCUUCUCCUACCGCCGCGGCGCCGGCGGCUGGGCCCAGUCCCUCCUCCCGACCUCCAAGCCAUCCCCCAAGCACCCGCGAAAGCUGCGCCGCCGCACCACCGCCGCCUUCCGCGAUUUCGUCUUCUCGAACUUCUUCACAAUCGGGCUCUGCUUCACCUGCGCCUUCUUCGUUUUCAUCCUAUUUCGAUUCGCCGCGGUCCCUAAACCCCUCCAUUUCCGCUCAUCGUCGUCCCGAGCUCGCUCGACCCGGCUCCGCAAGCCCGUUCCUCAGAAGUCCACGAACGACACCGUUUUGGCGGCCGCUGUGGAUGUCACUACCAAGCAGCUGUAUGAUAAGAUCCAGUUCCUGGACGAGGAUGGCGGCCCGUGGAAACAGGGGUGGCGCGUGGGUUACAAGGGGAAUGAGUGGGAUGAGGAGAAACUGAAGGUAUUCGUGGUGCCGCACUCGCACAAUGAUCCUGGGUGGAAGCUCACCGUUGAGGAGUAUUAUGAUCGGCAGUCGAGGCAUAUCCUUGAUACCAUUGUUGAAACGCUUUCCAAGGAUAAUAGACGGAAGUUUAUAUGGGAAGAGAUGUCUUAUUUGGAGAGAUGGUGGAGAGAUGCUUCAGAUGUGAAAAGAGAAUCAUUCAUCAAUUUAGUACAGAAUGGGCAGCUAGAAAUUGUUGGAGGCGGAUGGGUGAUGAAUGACGAGGCUAAUUCACAUUAUUUUGCUAUCAUUGAACAGAUGACUGAAGGAAACAUGUGGCUGAAUGAAACUGUUGGUGUUAUCCCUAAGAAUUCGUGGGCAAUAGAUCCAUUUGGCUAUUCGCCCACCAUGGCUUAUAUUCUUCGGCGUAUGGGUUUUGAGAAUAUGCUUAUACAACGAACACAUUAUGAGUUGAAGAAGGAGCUGGCAUUGCACAAGAAACUGGAGUAUGUAUGGAGGCAGAGCUGGGAUACUGAGGAAACAACUGAUAUAUUUGUCCACAUGAUGCCCUUCUAUUCUUACGAUAUUCCACAUACCUGUGGGCCCGAGCCUGCUGUUUGUUGCCAGUUUGACUUUGCUCGAAUGCGUAGUUUUGUUUACGAGCGUUGUCCCUGGGGAGAGCAUCCCGUGGAGACCGACCAAGAAAAUGUGAAGGAGAGGGCACUUAAAUUACUCGAUCAGUAUCGGAAGAAAUCAACGCUUUACCGAACAAACACACUCCUUGUUCCCCUAGGCGAUGACUUUCGAUACAUCAGCAUAGAUGAAGCUGAAGCUCAGUUCAGGAAUUAUCAACUGUUAUUUGAUUAUAUCAAUUCUGAUACCAGCCUCAAUGCUGAAGCUAAGUUUGGUACUUUGGACGACUAUUUCCGCACUCUGCGUGACGAGGCUGACCGAAUAAAUUAUUCAGUCAAUGACGAAAUCGGCUCCAGCGAGAUUGGAGGAUUUCCUUCUCUAUCGGGCGAUUUUUUCACUUACGCCGACAGGAAUCAAGAUUACUGGAGUGGGUAUUAUGUCUCCAGGCCUUUCUUCAAAGCUGUCGAUCGUGUGCUGGAGCAUACACUUCGUGGAGCGGAGAUGAUGAUGGCUUUUCUUUUAGGAUACUGCCAGAAGCCACAAUGCGAGAAGUUGCCUACAAGUUUUUCGUACAAACUAACAUCCGCUCGACGGAACUUGGCUCUUUUCCAGCACCACGAUGGUGUAACCGGCACUGCGAAAGACCAUGUGGUUGAAGACUAUGGGACACGAAUGCAUUUAGCUUUACAGGACCUGCAAAUUUUCAUGUCCAAGGCUAUACAAAUCUUGCUCGGGAUUCGCCACGAAAAAAACGAUCAGAACCCAGCAAAUUUCGAACCGGCACAAACAAGAUCCAGAUACGAUGCUCAACCGGUGUAUAAAUCAAUUAGUGCUCGUGAAGGCACUGUUCAGACUGUGGUACUUUUCAACUCACUGGAGCAGACACGAAACGAGGUUGUGAUGGUGGUUGUCGAAAGACCCGAUGUUACGGUUCUGGAUUCAAACUGGACGUGUGUCAAAAGCCAGAUCUCUCCCGAACUUCGCCAUGAUAAAAGCAAUGUAUUUACUGGAAAACACCGCCUUUACUGGAAAUCAUCUGUUCCUGCUAUGGGUUUGCAGACUUUUUACAUUGCCAAUGGGUUCGUCGGAUGUGAGAAAGCCAAACCCGCAAAUCUCAAACUUUUCACCCCUUCCAAGCAGCUUACUUGUCCCGUCCAUUAUUCCUGCACAAAUUUGGAAAGCGACACUGUCGAGAUUAACAAUCAGCAUCAUAUCCUCACAUUUAACGUCCCUCAUGGCCUGCUGCAGAAAAUCACCCAUGACGAUGGCAAACACGUGAAUAUCGUCGGUGAGGAAAUUGCCAUGUACUCCAGCACCGAGAGUGGGGCCUACCUUUUCAAACCAAACGGCGAUGCCGAGCCACUCACCAGACCGGAUGGGCAAAUGGUGAUCUCCGAGGGCAAUUUGGUCCAGGAAGUCUUCUCUUACCCCAAAACAGCCUGGGCCGACAAAAAAUCUCCAAUCUCCCACAGCACCCGCGUAUACAACUACGAGAGCUCGAUACAAGAAUUCAUAAUCGAGAAAGAGUAUCACGUCGAGCUCAUCGGCCACGAAUUUGACGACCGAGAGAUUAUUGUCCGGUACAAAACCGAUCUCGACAAUGGCAGAAUCUUCUACUCCGACCUCAAUGGCUUCCAGACAAGCCGUAGGGAAACUUACGACAAGAUACCCCUCCAAGGGAACUAUUACCCGAUGCCCUCUCUAGCUUUCAUGCAGGGGUCAAACGGUCAACGCUUUUCGGUCCACAGUCGGCAGUCUCUCGGUGCCGCUAGUUUGAAAAACGGGUGGCUGGAGAUAAUGCUCGACCGCCGGCUCGUGAGGGACGAUGGCCGGGGCCUGGGCCAGGGUGUUACGGACAAUCGCCCUCAGAAUGUUGUUUUCCACAUAACCGUUGAGUCAAACGCCACGUUGACCAAAAACCCGUUUUCAAACCCCCGUCCCGUGAGCCCUUCCCUUCUCUCCCAUCUUGCCGGGGCCCACCUGAACUAUCCCUUGCAGGUGUUUAUUGCAAAAAGCUCGGCUCCGAUUUCCGUUCAGCCGCCGCCAAGGUCUUUUGCUCCCCUUACGGCACAGGUGCCUUUUGAUUUGCACGUCGUGGGAUUUAAGGUUCCUCGGCCGUUAAGGUACUCACAGCAGAGCCCUGGGGAUCUCAGAUUUGCACUGAUUUUGCACAGGCGUGAUUGGGAUUCUUCAUACUGUUCGAAAGGACGGUUUGAGUGUUUGAAAACUAUUGCUGAUGAGCCCGUCGUUAAUUUGUUUGACAUGUUUAGAGGCUUAACUAUUACGAAUGCGAAAGCGACUUCCUUGAAUCUUCUGCAUGAGGAGACUGAUGUGCUCGGGUACAGCGAGCAUUUUGGAGCCGGUGCUCUUGAAGGGCAUAUCGUGAUUUCACCUAUGGAAAUACAGGCUUACAAAUUCUCGUUUUCGUCUUCUUCUCGUUAA